CUUUUCUACUUUCUCAUUUCUCAUUUCCUCUUUCUCAAAAAUCUCAGGUUUUUUCUUUCUGAUCUUUUUUUUUUUUUUUUUCAUUUUUUGUUUGAUUUGAAAGAAAAACUAAAAAUCCAAAUCAAAUAACUUCGAAAGAAACGUUAAAAGUAAUUUCAGUGUUUGAUUUGAAGCUCAGUUCUUGGAACAAAGCAGAUUCAAUUGCAAUUGCAGCCAUUGAAGAACAACAAAGAACAAGAAAAGUUCAGAGGAAGCUGAUGAUUGCUCCCUUUCCUUCUUAGAGAAUCGAAAAUGAUAAAAUUAUAUUUCUCAAUAACAAUAACACUUCUUUUUGUUACGUCCCAAGCAAACUCAGUUAACUCCGAUAACACCAAGUGCCAAGGCAUCUGCAAACCCAGCAAUUUCUCAAGACCCUUACCAUUUCCAUUCGGAUUCUCGCCGGAUUGUCCAAUCCGACUCAACUGCAGCUCGGCCGGGGUCACAAUUGGAGAAUUCCAUGUCCUCAACAUAACUUCCUCGGACAUCAUCAUCGAACUUCCCGCCAAAUGCGACCGACUGCUUUCUUCAAUCUCUGAUCUGUUCGGUGAAAACUACGCGCUUUCCGUUGCUAAUAAUCUUCUUCUCCAAAACUGUUCGAAGCCCUUACCAGCUCCUUGCGAAAUAAGGCCAAUGUUUUUAGAAAAAUCAUUCAGACUUACCACUUGCAGUGAUAAGAGUGGUAAUUUAAGUUGUUUUCCCGGCGGUGAUGGUGGGAGCUUGUUGAGUUUUGAGGAUCUUAAUAAUACGCAGUGCCGUUACUUGUUUUCGUCGGCUUCAAUUAUGGUUGAUUUGGCAAGGAGCACAGCAUUUUCUAUGGAGUUGGAACGAGUUAACCUGGAAUGGUGGGUUAAAGGGCACUGUAAUUGUGAUAAAAAUGCUGAUUGUAAGGAUGUUAAGAAAGGUAACCGUACGGUCGGGUUUAGGUGCCUUUGCCAGGAAGGGUUUGAAGGAGAUGGGUUCAUAAAAGGCGGUGGUUGCCGGAGAGUUUCCAAAUGCAAUCCUUCAAAAUACAUGUCUGGCAAAUGCGGAGGAACUACAAGAGUUGCUGUUCUGGUUGGAGGGCUUAUGGCUGGGGCUUUGGUGAUGGGUGGUGUGGCUCUUUUAUGUUGUUAUGUGCGACGACGUUCUAAUUCCAUUAAUAAACAGAUGAGUGCAAAGCGCCUUCUAUGGGAAGCUGCAGGCAACUCAAGUGUUCCUUUCUAUGCCUACAGAGAAAUUGAAAGAGCUACUAAUGGUUUCUCUGAAAAACAGAGGCUGGGGACUGGAGCCUAUGGUACAGUUUAUUCAGGAAAACUCCACAAUGACGAUUGGGUUGCCAUAAAAAGGUUCAGAUAUAGAGACCCUGGUAGUAUUGACCAAGUAAUGAAUGAGAUUAAGCUUCUUUCCUCUGUUAGUCACCCGAAUCUUGUCCGCCUCUUAGGUUGCUGCAUAGAGGAGGGUGAACCUAUCCUGGUCUAUGAGUAUAUGCCUAACGGAACUUUAUCCCAGCAUCUACAAAGAGAGAGGGGUGAAGGACUUCCAUGGACAGUAAGGGUCACCAUCGCCGCUGAAACUGCUAAGGCUGUUGCCUAUCUUCACUCGGUGACUCCACCUAUUUUUCACCGAGAUAUAAAAUCUAGCAAUAUACUCUUGGACUACAACUAUAGAUCCAAGGUAGCUGAUUUUGGUCUUUCCAGGCUUGGGAUGAGCGAAUCAUCCCACAUCUCGACUGCCCCUCAAGGAACACCAGGGUAUCUUGAUCCCCAAUACCAUCAGUACUUCCAUCUUUCAGAUAAAAGUGACGUCUACAGUUUUGGGGUUGUUCUUGUGGAGAUAAUAACAGCAUUAAAAGUGGUCGACUUCUCACGUCCUCAUAGUGAGGUAAACUUAGCUGCACUUGCUAAUGAUAGAAUUGGAAGAGGCUGCGUGGAUGAGAUAAUCGAUCCAUACCUUGACCCACAUAGGGAUGCUUGGACACUGUCAUCAAUUCAUAAUGUGGCUGAGCUAGCAUUUAGAUGCCUUGCUUUUCAUGGAGACAUGAGGCCUACCAUGACCGAAGUCGCUCAAGAGCUAGAACACAUCAGGCUCAGUGCUUGGGUUCCUGGCAUGUGCAUCGAAUCACCAUCGGCUUCAUCUUGUCCGUCCUCAGAUGAUGAAAGUGAGAAAUCUUCAAGUACUAGGACAGUCAAGAAGUCGUUAGUCGUUGGAAGCCGGAGAUUGCUCAUGAAGAAAAGGGGAGGAGAUUGUUUAACUUCAUUGGAUGAAGUCAAAAUUAGGUCUCCUGUUUCAGUCCAAGAGCAUUGGUUAAGUGAACAAAGCUCACCUUCAACAAACAGCUUGUUGGGUAACGCAUCUCAGCGAGAAUGAGACAUCAACAAGAACUGUUCCCUUUUGUUUUGUGCUUGCCCAUCUAUCUUCUCUUUUUUAUUCUUUUCACAAACCACGAAUAUAUCAAUGUUGAAACCUCAGAAGUGUUUUAAAGCAAUUAGCAAAGUGAUUGCUAAGGUGUUUAACUUAUUCUAUUGUAUAUUUUACAUUUCGCUUUUAGAAUUAAAAAUCAAAUUUCUUUUUCGUCAAACUAAAGAAAUUAAAUCGAGACUUAGUUCAAGCAAAAAUAAUUUUUAAUAAAUAUGAAAUUCAAAAUAUUGUUUUAUCUUCAAACAAUG